AUGUGGACGGUAAACAGUUGGAUAGCUCAGCAAUAUCUGAAUCAGCCUAGCCGAGCAGAUGCCUCGGCUCCCACAGCACCGCGGACAUCAUCCAGUCCCGUAGUGAUAGAUGGUGAUGCUCAAUAUACGCCCAGUACCAUCAAUUCUGAACAUAUCCCACAGCCGUUGCUGCGACAGCCAGCUUGUGAUAUGAAACCAAAUCAUACCUCACCUUCCGAUCCACCGCUGAGCGAAUCUCUUGCCGAUAUUCUUGCCACAAAUGCAUUCGACCAAUUAUCAAAUGGUGAAGUAGGCUAUUUUGGAUCAAGCACCAAUCACGGCUUCUUCUGGUGUCUAUCUGGCGCCAUUGCCAAUCUAGGCUACAAGGCAUCUCGCAGCCAGGCGCAACGAGCGUCUCCUACAUCUGACAUGAGGGGUAGCCGAAGCAGGGGUUUAAGGAAGUCAUUAACGCAUACAACUCUUCAUGAAAGCAUUCAGAAGUACCCGUCGAAUGAGGAGCUCGUGGCUCGGUUCUUUGACAACAUCGGCGAUGUUCUCCCCUAUGUCGACGAAGUUAGCAUUAUGGGCAAAUUGCAUGUUUUGGACGAGGACGCAAAUGAAUCAUGCCCGUCCACACAGUCCUGGCAAGCGUUACUGAAUAUCGUCUUGGCCUAUGCGCUCUAUACAAUUGAUGGCCCCUCGCCUGAACCUUUCUACCGGCGCGUUAUCAAUCUUCUUUACGGAAUGGCUAUACAUUUAUCGACCGUCCAAACAUGCACUAUUGUUGUUGACUAG